UGAUAUCAUUCCAUCAAAAUCCACAGCAUCAAAUAAUCAUGAAAUUAAUAGCACAAAACUUCGUGCCACGUAAUUUUACUGUUUGAAAGUCUGUCGACUGAUUCUCGUUGGUUAUUAUUCUUCAUGCAUACGAUUAGAACGAGUUAGUUCGUUGUACAUUACAAUGGGAUCUUCCCACAGCGUAGAAAUACCCGGAGGCGGUACCGAAGGUUACCAUGUACUUCGGGUCCAAGAUGGAUCACCAGGGCAAAAGGCUGGUCUUGAGGCUUUCUUCGAUUUUAUUGUUGCUAUUGGAAAUAUCCGUCUGGAUCAGGAUAAUGACACUUUGAAAGAGCUGUUAAAGGCUGGCGUGGAUAAGGACCUGCAAAUUACUGUGUACAAUAGUAAGACUCAGUCUGUUCGACAGACUGUAAUUGUACCUAGCAUGACCUGGGGUGGGCAGGGUCUGCUUGGUGUAAGCAUACGUUUCUGUUCGUUUGAAGGAGCCAACGAAAAUGUCUGGCAUGUUCUGGAAGUACAUCCUUCUUCACCAGCUGAACUGGCUGGACUAAGAUCUUUUACUGAUUAUAUCAUUAGUACAGAUUCAGUUUUACACGAAAGUGAAGAUCUUUUUACUUUAAUUGAAACUCAUGAGUCACGACCAUUAAAGCUCUAUGUCUAUAAUACUAAUGAUGAUUCAUGUAGAGAAGUCACUAUUACCCCAAAUAAUACCUGGGGUGGAGAAGGAAGUUUGGGCUGUGGAAUAGGCUAUGGUUACCUACAUAGAAUACCUAUCAGGAGUAUUCCAGAGGCUAAGCCAAACAGCUACCUGAGCAAUGCUAAGACCAUCACCACACAAGCACAACCUGCAACCAGUACUGGAAGUAAUCUAGUAACAAAUGUACCAACUGGAUAUUCCAUGCCCCCAAGUUAUGUUUCAGUAGCUGUUUCGGAAUCCACGGCAAAGGAUAGUAUUAUAACUACAGCACCACAGAAUAUUCAGUCUCCAGUUCCAGCUCCAAUACCUAUUUCAAUUGCUACUACCAAUGCAGUGCCUCAAUUGGAUCCAGCGAUAGCUGGAGCAUUACCUACUACAAAUUCAGCAACUCAUCUAUUUUCUGCACAAUCCAACAUUAAUUUCCCUCAUGCUACUAGCCAGUCUCCUGGGUAUCAAAAUACUCCAAACAUUCCUGGUAUGCCGACCAAUCCACCAUUACCACCAUUGCCUGUGAGCGUAGCGACACUGCCUGGGGGAAAUCCGGUGUCGCAGCCGAACGCAUCAAUCAUGGGUGGCAUUCCCAGCGAAUAUCAACCUCACGUGGUGACUACUCCAAUCUCACUGCCAGGAAUGCCACCUAUAACAGUCAGUGCAAGUUUACCGCAGAAUCCCACGUUUUAUCCGACCAUGCCACAGCAUCAGAAUUCGCAUCCGCCACCUCUGCAUCAGUUGCCGGCAUCUCCAAACACCUCAGCAUCCUCGCAAUAACCUCGCCUUCUACUCAUUGUAUUGGUAUAUCCCUGCCCUCUCCCUAUUACCUGGGAUAAGAGACUAAUUUAUCAAUGAUGUAUAAAUAAAUUGUACAUGAAAUCAUAAGAGUAUCGCUUCUAUAAACCACAAUGAUUAUAGUAUUCCA